AUGGAAGUUGAAUUGCUCGUGUUUUCAGCAUGGCAAAUUUUGUUUGAUCUUCGUUUUAUGGCCUGUGCUGCAAUAGUAACGGAUCGACGUUAUGGUAACGAGAAUCCCGCAUUACAACGCUCGACUUGGUGUCUUGCCAUAACGAUGGUACAGAAUGUUCUCUUGAAAUACAUCGGUCAUAAGUUGCAGUUGGAAACUGGGGUCUCAUUGCUUUUAUAUUCACGAAUCGAAUAG